AUGAAGCGCACUAUCUUUGCAUGGACGAGGAAAUUCGAUGUUUGCGUGCUAGGCGGUGGUCCAGCCGGCAUUGCCGCGGCCGUCCGCGCGCACGAGCUGGGGAAAAAGGCCUGCAUCAUUGAAGAGUCCCGUAUCGGCGGUGCUGACUUUUGGAAUGGCGCGCUCCAGUCCAAGACAUUGUGGGAAAUGGCGAAAUUCGCGCGAUACACAAAGGGCAACACGUCUCACCGUUUCAUGAAGCCUAUAGGCGAACUUCCAAAGAUAAAACACAGCAAUCUCAUCAAGGCCAUCACGAACGCCGCCGAAACGCGUGAAGCUCAGACGCUGGAGGUUCUCUCCAACGCCAAAAUUGAGGUACUUUUCGGAUUCGGUUCUUUUAAGACGCCGAACUCGGUAGCUGUCGCCAAGAAAGACGGCACGGAAGAAACUGUCGAGGCGGAUUACUUUCUGAUUGCCACCGGUGCCAACCCACGGCCUCACCCAACUGCCGUCGCCGACGGAAAGGUUGUCUUCACUUCCGAUGAUAUCAUGAUGCAACCGCUUCCCAAGAGUGUUGUUAUUAUCGGCGCGGGUGUCAUCGGAUGCGAGUUCGCAUCUAUUUUCGCCAAUUUCGGAGUAACGCAAGUGAGUAUUAUUGAAAAAAGUGGCCGUAUUUUGCCUAUGGAGGACGAAGAUAUCGCACUUUUUGUACAAAGACUUCUUGAGCAAAAAGGUGUUUGUUUCCACCAUCACUCCGCCAUGGAGAGCAGUAGCAUCAGUGAUGGAAAGUUCCACUACACUCUUAGAGAUGUUCGUGACAACUCUCUUCACCAACAUGUCACGGAUAGCGCUCUCGUUUCCAUCGGACGUGUACCAGCAAUUUCAAAGCUGAAUUUAGAGGCGAUCGGCGUCACGGUGAAAAAUAGCUGCAUCGACCGAGACGAAUUCCUUCGCAUCGAACCACACAAACACAUUUAUGCCUGCGGAGAUACUUGCACGCGUGCUGCUCUCGUCAACGUCGCUGAACUGGAAGGGCGUGCGUGCAUCGACCAUAUGUACACACCAUAUCCCGAGGAGCAAUUGAAGCUCAAGCUGGACAAUCUCUCCACCAUCAUGUUCCUUGAUCAAGAAGUGGCAGCUGUCGGUCUAAAUGAGCAACAGUGUCAAAAGAUGUCAAUCAGCUACAAGAUGGCACGAUACAGCUACGAAUACGUAGGGCGUGCGUUAGCCAUGGGUAACACGAGAGGCUUUAUCAAACUAGUUGUGACCAACGACAACAAGAUGCAAGUCCUCGGUGUGCGCGCAGUGGGUCCCCAUGCCAGCAGUAUUAUUGAGCUCGCGUCGCUGGCCAUCCACAACCGUGACUCGGCAUACGACUUGCGCAAUCUUCACGCCGUCUACCCCGCUAUCACUCAGGGAUUCCAAGAGUGUCUUAACAUGCUUUUAGGCUCCUCGAUUUUGAAACCUGACGUCUUCCCGCAACUUGUUGUGCGGGAAUGGAAUCCUCCUCAUUUCGAGCACGGGCGCGCAUACGCGCACAAAAAAUGA